AUGUCCGUCAAGAAAAGUAAGCUUGACCUGCUCUUCAAGGUCCGCUUUCAAAACCCGCUUCCACCACCUCCCUUCCCGCCCAAACUCCUAAACAUCCCAACAAACCCAACGCGAUAUGCGGGCCCCGACUUCACUGCCUCGUUGGCUAGCGAGACGCCAUUGCCUAUGGUCGUAGACGCAGACCUUGGAAUGCCUCUUGACCUGAGCUACUAUGAGUGUCUGUGGGGAGAUGGCCAGGACGAUUCACAAAUCAAUCCGGAUCCAGAAAUGUUACCCCCGGUCGACCCUAAAGAUGCGUUCAUGCUAGGAGACACCUCUGCUCCUACGUCCAAUGGUGUCUUUACAGGCAACGGGACACCUUCAGCUCCUCAGGUUUCGUGGCUUCGAAAAACGGAGUACAUUAGUAGUACUGUCAACCGGACUCCAACCGUCAUCCGCGAUACGCGCCGGACAGCCGCAGCUGAGGACGCAAGAAUCGUCGACAUCUCUCGAGAAGCUCAAUUACGAGACAUUGAAAACUCCUUUAGAUCCCUAGGCGACAACUUUGAUCUCUCUCAACUUAAACAUCCAAACAAGCCGGGCGUUACUGCCGUCGAAUCUUACGAGAUACUUCCGGAUACGGACAUCUGGGCAAAUGCAUAUGACUUAUUCCGGUUCUCUGAACGACCAGGUGACCGGGCAGCAGAUGUUCCUGAUCCACGAAUAAAUUGUGGAAUUCUGCGACCUAUGGAAGCAGACGGAGACCACUUCUUGGCGUACUUCUUGCCAAAGGAAGACGAGAUGGCAGAAAACUUCGUGGAACGACGAAGAAAUGGAGAGAACGUCGAGGAAACGAUAUUCUCUUUCAUCCGGGAUUACGAGACGGUCAAAAUCGAACAAGACGUCCAGAACGAGUUCUUACUUGUUCUCGAUGACGGCGAUAUCAAAUCCGAGGGUGAUUCAGGUCGGAGAGAGAAGGGUGCCUACUACAAAAACAUCGAGCGAAAGAUCCUGCUCAAGAAAAGGCGUGCUGCGCAAUGGAACACAUACUCCGACAAAUGGGACGCAAUCAACUUGUCCUUGGCUCCUUUCACUACAGAAGAGCUUGAAGAACGCGAUGAGGUACUUGCUGAGGUCACUGAUCCGAUGUAUAUGUUUGCUCGUGCAGAUGGGGACGCAGAUGCGGAUGGUGAAGUUGAUGAUAGUCACGACUUGGACGCUCACGGUCAUACUACUGAGGUCAAUGUAGACGGGAUAGAUGUAGUGGACGAAGUGCAUUAG